GGCAGCCACAGGCAGGCUCCCAUACGCAGCGUUUAGGUAACUUCGGCAACCCGACGAGCGCCUAUCGCCCCACCAGUUGUCUACUGGGACGUCUCCGGAUGUGCUGCCCCCCGCCUCGGCCAUGACGACUUCCCAAGACGACGGCGCGUUUCGGCAAGUCGAGACUGGCGGCGAGUCUCUCCCUAGCAGCUCGAGGGGCCCCAGCCCCGCCAGCCGCGACCGCCAUCUCGAUCAGAGCACCAGAGCGGUAUGCCGAUGGCGGACCGCGCGGUAUCACGACCACGAAUGCUCGCGAUAUUUUGACUGCCCUACCCACGUCGUUGAGCGCGCGCUAUCCGACGCCGGAGAGUCGUCAGGAGGACAAGGAGAAGAGGAAGCGGAAGGACACCGAGGGAACCAAGAACACGGAGAAGAGGAAGGUGCGCAACCGGGUGCGAGCCAAACCCGUCUCGAUCCGGGGGAGGUCUCGCCGCGGAGUUCCGGCGACCGAGAGGGCGAUGGUCAUCAGCAGGCUCGGCAUCCUUCGCCGGAACACCACCCCGAAACGUCCGGAGAGGCCGAUGCCACCUCGCAGGCCCGUAGGAUUGAAGAACCAGACGCACGGCAGGACGACGCUACGUCGACAAGUCAAAACAACGAGCCCACGCCGAGGAACACCUCCCCGUCGGUUGCGCAGCCACGGCCCGAGCCAGGAUCGCGGGCGGCGAGCGGAGGGCCUGCAGCUCCGCCUCCCGGGUUCAUGCCGAGAGAUACCGGGGUUUCCGGCCGUCAAGUUAGCAUGCCGCCUGCCGCUGACCCGCCCACUCUGUCGACAACACCCGCUCAGCGCGCUCCUCCAGAGGUGGUGCUGCCGAGGUGGCAGCCGGAUUCCGAACAGACCUACUGCCCGAUUUGCGGCACGCAGUUCAGCAUUUUCGUCAGGAAACACCACUGCCGCAAGUGUGGUCGGGUCGUUUGCAACGCGUGCUCGCCACACCGCAUCACCAUCCCCCACCGGUAUAUCGUUCGGCCUCCUGGGGCGCCCAGUCCGCUCUCCCAAGGUCCUUCCCUUUCCCUCUUAGACAGCCAAGGCUGGUAUCCCGAAUUCUCGGGGGGCGAGAGAGUCAGGCUAUGCAACCCUUGCGUCCCUGACCCCAACACGGCGCCGCCUCAGAGCCAGGCGCAUCAACAAAGCUCGCAGAACGACCCGGCUUCGCCCGGCCGGGCCGACAGCUCGUCAUCCAAUAGAUGGAACUUCUACUUUGGCGCCGGAGCCGCGAAUGACCCUCAGACGAGGACUCGGAGCGCUACUCUGCAACCCGGGCCGUCAUCGUCUUCCCAGCCGCCGGUCCCACCACCACAUCGUAGUAACUACGAGGCUCGUAUUCUCUGGGGCACCCCGCCUGCCUACUACCGGCCGACGGCCACCUCGCAGUCCGCCCCGUUCUACCCGGGCACCGCGCCCCGGUACCGGUCGAUGUUCGACGUCGGCAACAGGCCGGGCCCCUCCACCAUCGCCGGCCCUUCGUCCUCCUCCUCCUCCUCCAGCGCCUCCCGCACUUUCCAUCCCCCCGUGCGCCGGCGCCCGCAGAUCCCCGAGGAAGACGAGUGCCCCGUCUGCCACCGCGAGCUCCCGCCGCGGACCCUCCCCAACUUCGAGACCCUCCGCGAGGCCCACAUCACCGGCUGCAUCGAGUCGCACAGCCGAUACGGCGGCCGCCCACCCGCCUCGGCGGGGGAGGACGGCAGCAGCCCGGACGGCGCGCGGCCCGGGCCCCGGAGGACCGGCAUGUUCCCCUACACGGCGACCGAGAAGGACUGCGUCGACUCGGCCGAGUGCUCCAUCUGCCUCGAGGAGUUCGAGGUCGGCGUCGCCAUGGCGAGGCUCGAGUGUCUCUGCCGCUUCCAUCGGGCCUGCAUCAACGCCUGGUGGGAGCGCCACCCGGGGAGGUGUCCGGUGCACCAGCACGACGGGUUCGGCUAUUAAGGCGCCGUCAAAGGCUGGCUCCUCGGCUCCUAGCGGAGGGAAUCGCUGUUCAUGGGGCGGCCGGGCGGUAUCUCAAGGAAAAAGGAGGUCUAGACUUUUACAUACUUGGGCCAGUUUGUUUUUCUUUUUUCCCAAAGGAAAGUUUGUCAAGGG